AUGGCCGCCGCAGAACAAUACAUCCAGCUGGCCAAGGCCUUGCCUCAGCAGCUCCAGCGCUUCUUCGCCCGCUGGCCACCCGCCUCGAUCCUGCCCGCCGGCGUGACGGUCCCAAAGACGGGCUUUCAGGAGAUUACGCCGAACCCCUUCUCGCCGCAGAAGCAUCCUGCCACGGGCAAGUGGCAUGAUCCCGUCUACUCGCUGCGCCGCCAGGCAGAGAUUGUCAAGCUUGCCCGCCAGCACGGCGUCGAGGAGUUGCUUCCUCCGACCGUUAAGGGCACCGAGUACAGGAUCGCCCGCCGCGUCGAACACGGUCUCCGAGUCAAGGGUACUGGUGUAGGACAAAAGGUCAAGGGAAAGAUUCACGAGAGAAUGGUGCAGCCAAGAAUGGAGAAGAGGAGAGAGGCUAUGCUGGCGAUGCCGAAGUUGAUCAAGGAGUGGAAGAAGGUUGGAAAGCGAAACUGGACAAGGUUCCCCAAAUAA